UCUCGCGAUAAUUUGAAACACAUGGCCGCCCAGUGUUUACAACUUCUCGCAAUGAACUGGUGAAUAGAAACACAAAGUCCCGCGGUAGAAGGACUUCGAAUAUUGUUGUGCAUCAUUCGUACUCUCCGUCUUUAGGUGAACGUUGACUCCAUCGAGGGGAAAAGUGUUCAUAGCCAAAUUGCGAGAAGAACUAAAGGCCAGGCAAGCCACAACACAGCCUAGUGGGUGCUGUGAUGUCCUCGACCCCCAGCAGACUCAAACACCGACACUGCAGGAAGAAGCACUAUCCUAGUAGCACUCAUCUCACCCACGUCUGACAGCCAACCGACAGUCAAAAGGCACUUAGACGCCAGGUACAGGACUUGACAGGAGAUUAAAAAUAAACAGAGAUGUCUGAUUCAGGCGGAAGUGGUGAAAGCGGAGGUGUGACAGGCGCAGGGCAGGACACAGAAGCAGAUAAUGAGCCCCCUCAUCAGCCACCACCUUUGCCUGAUGGUGAUAGCUUCGAGGUAGGGAAGACCUCAGACGAAGGGGUUCCUUCUGCCAAGCGGCCCAGAGUGAGCGAGGAGGAACAGGGACUAGAGCAGGUUGCAAAGCCUGUCGAGAUGCAUGAAGAAAUAUCAGCACAGGCUGGCUUGCCGCAGGAAGAACCAGCCCCACCAGCACAAAUAACAGGAGAACCACUGCAAUGUGACGAGGAAGGUCGAGUAGUGGAAGAGGUGCCCGUCAGUGAGGGAGGUGAAGAAGAAGAAUGCCAUCAAAAUGGAGAUGGAGGGGAUGAUGCACCCAUAGAAGAAGGAGAGGCAAAACCAGAUGAGGGGCAAAACGGUAACGGAUCUGCAGACAGCCCCAGUGAAGGACAGCGCCUUGGCCUAGAUUUUACCCAGAACCCCCAGAUGCUGACUGGUUCCUGGACUGAGUACUCCAACCCUCCAGAGAAUUACCUCAAAGGCUGCAAAUGGGCCCCUGAUGGUUCCUGUAUCCUGACCAACAGUGCAGACAACGUGCUCCGUGUGUACAACGUCCCUCCAGAGAUUUACAGCUACAACUGGGACUUGCUUUCUGAGAUGAGUCCAGUGCUGAGGAUGGCAGAGGGAGACACCAUCUACGACUACUGCUGGUACCCCAAGAUGAACUCUCUGGAGGCGGACACAUGCUUUCUAGCCAGCAGUAGCCGUGACAACCCAGUCCACGUGUGGGAUGCAUUUUACGGGGAGGUGCGAGCCAGUUUCCGACCCUACAAUCACCUGGAUGAGCUGACGGCAGCCCACUCCCUCUGCUUCUCGCCCGAUGGAACGCAGCUCUACUGCGGCUUUGACAAAACUGUCAGGGUCUUCUACACGGAGCGUCCUGGAAGAGACUGCGAGGAGCGGCCCACCGUAGUGAAGAAGCAGGGCCAAAGUGGCAUCAUCUCCUGCUUUGGCUUCAGCCCCUGCCAGUCUGUUUACGCCUGUGGCUCUUACUCCCGCUGCGCUGGCCUCUACUCCUGCCAAGACGGCACCCUACUGGCUCUGCUGCCGACCCGCCACCAUGGAGGCCUCACCCAUCUGCUCUUCUCCCCUGACGGCAACUACCUGUACACCGGAGGACGCAAGGUCAACACAUACACACACACACACAUACUUGCAUACAGCAGCAUGCAGACAAGAGACCUGGGGGUAAUCAUGCUGCUUCAUUUGAAUGAUCAGGAUCCAGAAAUCUUGUGCUGGGACCUAAGAGAGCCGGACAAGGUUCUGUUUUCACUGAAGAGAAACGUGGCCACUAACCAGCGCAUCUACUUUGAUCUGGACAUGUCUGGCAGGUACCUGCUGAGCGGUGACACAGAGGGAGUGGUGUCUGUUUGGGACACCCUGACGGCUUCUCCCGAUGCUAACGAGGCGCUACUGCAACCUCAGCUCAGGUUCAAGGCCCAUUGGGACUGCACCAACGGCAUCAGUAUUCAUCCCUUCAUGCCGCUGUUGGCAACAUCCAGCGGGCAGCGCCAGUUCCCGUCGCCCGGCGAGAGUGAGGGUGACUCGGCCUCUGAGGGCGAGGGAGGUGAAGGUGUGAUGUCGCCUCAGGAGACCCGACAAGACAACGCCCUGAGUCUGUGGUGGGCUGGACCGCUCGGCCCUGCCGCCGAGGGAGACCAAGAGCAGAGUACAGAGGUGGUGGAGGCCUGAAGCUCUUAGUUGAGCCAUCUGGCACACAUUGAGUUACACCUGCCUUGUGAUAUUUAUUAUGGGAAUGAUCAGUAUUGCUCAAGCUAGUUAUGAGUCGGUCUUUUUGCCAUCAGCGACAUAAAGUCCUGAGGUGGAAACAUCUUUUAAACAUCUGGUUACCUUAAACAUUAGAACAUUGACAGUCUAACGUAUCUGAAAUGGACUGACACUGACUGGCACAGCACUCUCACUUGCAGAGUUUAUAUGAAAGGAUUAUUAAAUAUUGCACAUCCGGUCAGUACAGAACACUUUGUCUUCAUUGUUGCCCAUUUGGUAAAUAAGAAUUGGAACUUUAUGCCAAAACUGGUUAACGGAGGUUUCUAAAAAGCCUUACUCGGGUUAACACGAGAUGUGGAUUGGAGCAGGAAAUAAUUUCUAAAUUGUGUUAUUUAAUUAGUAGGAGAACAUUUGUUUCUGUUCAACGAGACAAGGUGAAACAUAAUGAGCCUUUUUAAGAAACUUUUCUUUCAUGGCAUAUGUGCUUCCUCAAUUGGAUGAAUUUGGUUAAAGUGAAGGCCUUGACUGGCGUGAAGCUGCCUCAGUGUCUGUCUACUGAUCGCACCUCCGAUCUGAGAUGUAUCUGUGUGAGUGUUUGUUUACGUGUGUGGCUGUAAUGCUGCCCCGGAGAUUCCUAACUGCUAUAGUUACAGUAAGUGCCAUUUGUUCUUGAGCUUUGCUUUUGUAAACUGAUGGAAUCUCCCAUUUUUACCUUUUUUUUUUUUUUUUUUUUUUAACUAUUUGGAGGCACCAAGUGUUGUGUCGCUCUGUGCAUGCCCACAAAUGUAUAUUUUUGUAAAGCCAUGAUGAUCAUUCUGAUUUUGUGAAUGUAUACUCUCUAAGCAGCUAGCUUGAUUACUGUAACCUCAUAACAAUCUGUGAAAGUCUUUUUAGUCGUGGUUGCACCUGGAGUGAUGUCUAUAAUUGUUUCUACAGACUUGACUGAUUACAUUUGUACCUGUGCGAGUGGUGAUGUGGCAGCACAAAACACUGUGUUUGUAUAAUUGCAUUAAUAAUGUAGUGCAGUCAUUUGAUCAAUGCUUAUGUUGCCAUGAGUGGGGUGUGCUUUGCUUUUAGGGUUUCUUUGCAGGCAGAUCAGAGGAAGCACAGCAUGCUCCAACCAAAGCCUUGUAUCUUUAGACACUGAGGAAUCUCCAUGUUGAAGCCUCUGCUGAUCCAGCUUUCACUUCUUGGAACUCAGAUUUGUUGCCAAUCAAUAGUAGCUACUAUUGUGUAGCUACCGUUACACAAUAUUACACAGAUUUGCAGGAACCAUGUAGGCCUUGAUGUGCAACAGGUGGCUUUCUGGUGGUUUUAUUCAAGCUGCAGUGAAUUAAAGCAUAUCUCUUCACAUA